AACUGCAGAAGGGAGAGAGAGAGAGAGAGGGAGUAGAGCAAUGGGCCAGCAGCUCGAAGAGGACCCGAAUCCAACGGCUGAGGAAGAAGAGACCACAUCACCAUCAUCCUCGUCGUCGUCGUGGUCUUCUUCAUCGUCAUCAGCUACUGAUGGCAGCUGGAAUCUGAAGAAGCAAACCCUAAUCCAAGAUCUCGCCCGUAAGCUAAUCAACGGCGAAGAUGAUGGAAACGGCCUGGAGACGAAGAUCCAGGCCGCUCGAGAUAUUAGGAAGAUGGCCAAGACCUCCGUUAAGACGCGAUCCAUCUUCGCUGUCUCCGGCGUUAUCCCGCCGUUGAUCUCCAUGCUCCUUUCCUCCAACCACGACGCUCGCGAGGCCUCUCUCCUUGCUCUCCUCAAUCUCGCCGUCCGUAACGAACGAAACAAGAUCAGGAUAGUGACAUCCGGUGCUGUUCCCCCUCUCGUGGAGCUUCUCAAAUUUGAAAACGGCAGCUUAAGAGAUUUGGCCACUGCAGCAAUCCUGACACUCUCGACCGCAGCUUCUAACAAACCAACCAUUGCGGCCUCGGGAGCCGCCCCACUUCUUGUUCAGAUCCUUAGCACAGGAAGUGUCCAAGGGAAGGUGGAUGCUGUUACCGCCUUAUACAACCUCUCCACCUCCACCGAGAAUCUCGCUCCAAUCCUCACCGCCAGAGCUGUUCCUCCCCUCCUCUCCCUUCUCAAAGAAUGCAAGAAGUACUCCAAGUUUGCUGAGAAAACAACUGCUCUACUAGAGAUUCUAUCAGGCUUUGAAGAUGGGCGGACCGCGAUCUCAGAUGUGGACCGUGGGAUUCUGACAAUUGUAGAGACGGUCGAGGAUGGGUCACUCCUUAGCACCGAACAUGCUGUUGGAGUCCUACUUUCCUUGUGCCAGAGCUGCAGGAAGAAGUACAGGGAACUCAUACUGAAAGAAGGUGCGAUCCCAGGCCUUCUGCAACUGACGGUUGAGGGCACGCCGAAGGCUCAGGAAAGGGCCCGGACCCUUCUGGAUCUGCUCAGGGAAUCUCCUCCAAAGCGAUUGCCGUCCGCAGUCCUUGAGACCAUCGUUUAUGACAUUGCCACUCGGGUAGAUGGUGCCGACAGAGCAGCCGAAACUGCAAAGCGGUUAUGGAAAGAUAUGGUCCAGCGCAGUAUGGAGCUCAGCAUGACCCGCAUGCAGCUGAGGGCUGCAUCUUCUAUGCCUUCUAAAGUGCCCCCCAUGUGAAAUG